GGAACUUUAAGCUGUCAAAAAGCCAAAACAAUAAUUAAUUUUUCACGAUAAAAAUGCAAUAGCGCGAUGGAUCAGGCGAGUGGAGAUAAGAAGGAGCACAAGAACGGCACUCCGCUAUCCGUGGAUGAGAUUGAGAUUGAAAUACUGCCCACAAUCUACGCAAUAAUCCGAAGUGUGGAGAAGGAUCCUGUGGAUAAACAGAGAGAAUCUCAAGACUGCAGCCUCAAGGUUCUGGAAUUGCAGAAGAAACUGGACAGCGUCCGGACACAAAUCCGCCAGUUGCCGAUUGAUCUCAACAAGGAGGAACAGCUGCAGCGGCUUGAGACGUUGCGUCAGCAACUUGUGCUGAAGCAGAACCUCCUGAAGAAAUACAAAAACAUCCAAUUCUAAUCCCCAAAAAUGGUUCUCAGACUCCUCAUGCGCUACCUCGCCAACAAUGAGCAGCUCAUCCAGCGUCUCUCCGAAAGUUAUCCCAUCCGUCGGGCAGCACAGCUCACCCUGUACGCCUUCUACCGUUCAAAGAUGGUCGCGGAGAAUCAUCACCUUACCCCUGAGCGCUUCCGGGCGUUCUUCCGGAACUUCAGCACCAACUUCAAGGAAGAACUCGAAGGGGCAAAGAAGGAAAUGAAGAAUCGCAAAUAAAUUCCUUUCUUUUUUUCUAUAAAAUAAAUCUUUAUUUUAGAAA